UUAGGGCACAUAGGUACUAAGAAAGCACUGUAGUAUUGUCAAAUUGCAAGAACAAGCAAAGAUGGCUGUGUUUAGAAUCUUAGCUCUACUGCUCAUCUCCUCUUGUUACGUCUCCACUCCAUCGUCAGCUACCUCUGAUGGCUUCCUCCAAUGCCUGUGGGAGAAGAUACCGGGCGAGCUCAUCUACACGCAGGGCGCGAGCAACUUCACCGACGUUCUGGUGUCCUCCAUCCGGAACCCCAAGUUCUUCACCAACACCACGGUGAGGCCGCUCUGCAUCGUCACGCCGACGGACGCCUCCCACGUGCAGGCCGCCGUGCGCUGCGGCCGCGUGAACGGGGUGCGCCUCCGCGUGCGCAGCGGCGGGCACGACUACGAGGGCCUCUCGUACCGGUCCGAGCGGCCCGAGGUGUUUGCGGUGGUCGACCUCGCCAACCUCCGCGCCGUCACGGUGAGCGCCGACGAGUGGGUUCCCACGGCAUGGGUCGACUCCGGCGCGACGCUCGGGGAGCUCUACUACACGAUCGCCAAGAACAACUCGGGGAUCGCGUUCCCCGCCGGCAUCUGCCCGACCAUCGGCGUGGGCGGCCACUUCAGCGGCGGCGGGAUCGGUAUGAUGAUGCGCAGGUUCGGCCUCUCCAUCGACAAUGUCCUCGACGCCAAGCUGGUCAACGCCAACGGCGACCUCGUCGACAGGGCGGCCAUGGGGGAGGACCUCUUCUGGGCCAUCCGAGGAGGCGGCGGCGAGAGCUUCGGCAUCGUGGUGUCAUGGAAGGUGAGCCUCGUCAAGGUCCCAUCGACAGUGACGGCGUUCAACAUCGCGAAGACGCUUGACCAGGGCGCCAUAGACGUCCUGAUCAAAUGGCAAGACGUCGGGCCAACCCUCCCCAGCGACAUCACCAUCAGGGUGAUCAUCCAGGGACAGCGAGCUGUGUUCCAGUCCCUGUACCUCGGCACAUGCGGCGAUCUCGUGCCGACGCUGAGCACCUUGUUCCCGGAGCUCGGCAUGACGAGCGCCGAUUGCCUUGAGAUGACCUGGCUCCAGUCGGCGGUCUUCUUCAACACCUGGAACCCCAACGCGCCGGUGGAGUCGCUCCUCAUCCGCAACACCAGCCUGAGCACCUUCACCAAGAACAAGUCUGACUACGUCCGGCGCUCCAUCCCCAAGGGCGCGUGGAAGAACAUCUUCCCCUGGCUCACGAUGAACGGCGCCGGGAUGAUGAUCUUGGAGCCCCACGGCGGGUUCAUCGGCACCAUCCCCACCGAGGCGACCCCGUACCCGCACCGGAGCGGCGUGCUGUACAACGUCCAGUACAUCGCGUUCUGGUCGGGCAACGACGGCGACUCGGUGGCGACGAGCUGGAUCAGCAACUUCUACAGCUUCAUGGGGCAGUACGUGAGCAGUAGCCGGAGGGAGGCGUACGUGAACUACCGGGACCUGGACAUCGGCGAGAACGUGGUGGUGAACGACGUCAGCACGUUCGACAGCGGCAGAGUCUGGGGUGAGAAGUACUUCGCUGGCAACUACCAGAGGCUUGCGGCGGUGAAGGGGGCGGUGGACCCGACCGACUACUUCAGGAACGAGCAGAGCAUCCCGCCAUUGCUCCAAAGCAAUUAAAAAUGUGCGAAGCGCAUCGGGAGCGUGCGUUGUCUGGGGCUGCGUGAUCGCACGUACUCUCCAAUUGGCGUGUUCGAUCCUGGGCAUUGUACUUCUGUUCCGGGUCCUCCGCGGAUCUGAUCUGGUGUACAACCUGUCUGUUUCUGAAGGAACAAAGUCAAGAAUUGCAGCUCUGCAGGUUGCAUUUUUCUCUCUGAACUGCACGUCGGCCGUCAACGCUUCAAUCUAGAACUCACGCCAUGUUCUUGUAAAACAGAGCAAUUCAGUUGAUUCUGUUUCCUUGCUGCAAACCUCCAACGAGUUGCUAAGAAGCAAUGUUGAAA